AUGAAGCUAUACAGUCUGUUGCAGGCCUUACUAUUCUCAGUAUGGGUAGUCGUCGAUGCUGAGGCAACUCAAAAACCGGCGGCUGGCUCUUCCAGAACUGGUCGCAGAAGCAGUGGAAACACCCGCAAGUUUAUCGUUGAAGUCGAGCCGAAUCGAGGCCUAGCCACAGUGACACACCAGCUUCUUACAAAACCCAACCACAAAAGGCCACUGUUCCAGAGCUUUGAUUGUAGUGAUGCCUUCAACGGCAUGGUGUUGGAAACCGACACCGAUAACUUAGACACGCUCCGUCAGAUGGAAGGUGUUGUCAACGUAUGGCAAGCUCACAAAGUAUCAAUGCCAGAGGUCCACAGGUCGACCAAUGGCCCAUCAUCUGCUGCGAGAAACUACUCAGUUCAUCACUGGACUGGCGUUGACAAACUUCACGCAGCUGGCAUCCGUGGAAAAGGGUCAACCGUUGCUAUAAUAGACACAGGUAUCGACUACACACACAAAGCGCUUGGGGGUUGCUUUGGCCCUGGAUGCAAAGUCAAGGGAGGCUAUGACCUUGUUGGAGCAGAGUGGGAGACACACAAUGUGAAAAGGCACCCAAAGCAGCCUGAUAAUGACCCCAUGGACUACCAAGGUCAUGGAACUCAUGUGGCUGGUAUUAUUGCUGCCGAGAAUGAAUGGCUUAUUGGAGUUGCGCCUGAUGCUGAACUUCUCAUCUACAAGGCCCCUAACGUGCGUCAGGAUCCUUGGGAGACUGACGAGGAGACUAUCAUGCAAGCAUUAUGUGAUGCUUAUAACGCAGGAGCCGAUAUUAUCACCUCGAGCAUUGGACAGCCGAACGGGUGGUCCGACAACCCUUGGGCUGUGCUAGCCAGCCGCUUGGUAGAUAAGGGUAUCGUUGUGAUAGCAUCUGCUGGCAAUGAAGGAGAGUUCGGACCAUUUUAUUCCAGUAGUGGUGCUGUUGGCCACGGGGUUCUCGCAGUUGCUGCCGCUAAUGUCACAACGAAACCAAAUGCCAAUAGAACUGGAGAGGACUCUGGACCACAACCCGCCUACUUCACUACAUGGGGGCCGACAAAUGAGUUACUUCUCAAGCCCGAUAUUGCCGCUCCUGGUUAUAUGAUCAUGAGUACAGUGCUAAAUCAAAGCUACGAUGAGCUGAGCGGGACAUCCAUGUCAGCACCAUACAUCGCAGGCAUUGCGGCCUUGUUCGUUGGCCAAUAUGGCGGUCGUGCUUUUAACGGUGCCGGUUUUGCCAAGAUGCUUCGAGAUCGCAUUGCUUCGAGCGGAACAAGCCUGCCGUUUAUGAACAACCAUUACGUUCACAAUUACAAAGCUUCGCCAUUUCAAGUAGGUACCGGUUUGGUAGACGCAUGGAAAGUUCUCAACUACGAUACUCAGCUUGAGUACGAGCCUUUCGCACUAAAAGACACAGAGUUAUUCGAACCUCGAUGGAAUUUUAACAUUACCAAUACUGGUGGAAGGGCACAUGAGUACACGUUCAAACUCGAACCCCAAGGAGGCUUUAACAUCUUCGAUAGUGACUACGGGGUGGUCUUACUCUACGGCGUUGAGCCUAAGAACAUCGUUCCUCUUGUAAGACUCCCACAUACAGUCUUCAUAGAACCAGGAGAAACGAGGGAAUUGAGUGUGACCUUUGGCCUUCCCGAGGUUGACGACGACUACUUGCCGCUGUAUGGUGGCAAGGUAUGGAUCAACUCUGACCACGGAGAGAAGCUAUCUAUCCCUUAUGGAGGAGCUGCGUACGAUACGGAGAAAGCAUUUGACAAUAUGUUCAUUAUUGAGCCGUUUGUCACAGACACAGACAAAGAUUUGUCCUGGUCUUUUAAUAUCGAAAAUGAUCCGAACGACUUCAUUGAGAUUGGUGGCCGGAUAUCAUACGCUUGUAACAAUCUUCGAUGGGAUAUAUUUGAGCAAGGUUGGACAGAGUCAUUGUGGACGUACCCCCCAGAAGUUGGCAAGCAUGGCUACAUUGGGGCAGCAACAACGAUGCGAGAUGCCGAAGAGUUCUGGUUCUUUGACCCCACUGUCAACGACCCCAAUGAUACAGUCUCUUUCCCUCUUAAACGUGAGCCACGCGGCUUUCAUGUCUUUUGGUGGUUUGGUAAGCUCGCAAACGGGACGAGAAUAACACCCGGAAACUAUACCAUGCGAUUUGCAGCCUUGAGACCUUAUGGAAACCCAAACAUCUCGGAUCAUUGGGACGUCAUGUACAGACCGGUGGAAAGCACCAUACAGGUGCUGCCGUACAACGGUACACGCAACUCGACCCUUAAGUACAAGGCUCCCACGUACCGGACGCCGAGUCUAGGUAGUGCUACAUUCAAGGGUUAG